AUGGAAAUUGAGCAGCUUGUAGAUUGUCUUAGAGAGCAUUCAAAUUUACCAAACUAUAGUAUAUCUUAUUAUUUAAAAAUAUAUGGACAAUUGGAUGAGUGUGCACAAAAUGAAGUCUUUAAAUACUUAUUUAACUCUUGGGGAUCAAAAGUAUCUGUAUAUGAGGACUCUGUACUUAUAAAAAAGCUUUUUCAAAUUAGUGAUAAAUAUGAUCAGAUAUCAAAACAGGAAUUUGCACUGCAACUUAUAUGUAUGCUGCAUAGUGCCUCACUCAAGUCUAUCAUAGCAAGAUGCUACAGUUUUAUUGAUAAAAAUAGUAUAUUUGACAUAAUAUGCAAUUUUUUAAUAUUAGGAACUUCAUUUUUUACUGGAUCUUUAGAAAAUACAGAUCUUGAUAUAAACUUGGAAAAAGGAGAAUAUAUAAAGAGAUUGUGGGAUAUGUUAGGUAAUACAUUUGGUUUGUUCGAUGAUUCUAUUUACUAUAUUUUUGAGUAUAAUGACUCACUUCAUCAAAUAAUUGGAAUUGUCUUUAAAUAUAUUGAAUAUGAAUCUUUUGAUAUGUUUCUAUCUUCAGAUCAACAUUCCAAAUAUUGUUAUACUGAGGAAAAUAAUUAUUCACAAAAAUAUAGAAAUUAUACUAAUACAGUAUGCGUCUGUGAAAAUUGGCGUGUUUUCCUAAUACAGCUAUUAAUAACCACAAAUAAAACUCAGAAGUUGAAAGAUUUGGGUAUAUUUUAUGAGACUAUGAAGAAUUUAUACAAAUAUCCAGUAUCCCAUUUUUUAUCUCAAAAGACAAUAAUGGAAAUUGCAAAAUUUUGGAUUUAUUUAGUUAGAAAUAAUUCUUUUCAUUAUACAAAUAAACUUCAAAAUGAGAAAAAACCAUUGGAUCAGAUGCAUUGGACUAGUGUUGCAUCUUGUGCACCAUUUAUUGGAGUAAAUAUUAUAAUACCACUAAUAAGAUCUCUUCUAAAUUAUAAAGAAUUAGGAUAUGAGGAACAUUCAAGUGAAUAUUGGAGUAUAAUAAGGGCUCCAAUAUUGAUAUUUUUUUUGUUAUGUCGUAGUAUUAUUUCUAAUAAUGAUAUAAUAAGUAACUCGGAUUUAGACUUCGCAGUACAUACAUUAAGAAGAAUUCUAGACACUUAUUCAAACACUUUAAUAAUAAAUAUCCAAGUUUUCAUUGGAAUUCUGUGUUGUAUUUGGCCAUUAGAAUCAUUGUGUAACUAUCAAGAAUUACCAAGAAAGGAGCAGGAUAAAUUUGAAAUAUUGAGUAUUAUUGCAUCUAAGAUACUCGAUAAGUUACAAAAUAAUCAGGCACUUGAGUAUUUAUUAAGAUAUAUGUCUUCAGAGUUGACUUGUAAUGGAAUUUCUAAUUCAUUAACAAUAGCUGGAGAGGAAUAUAAACUACGUUAUGCAAAGUUGUUUAGCAAUUCACUCUAUACUGGAUGUCAAAAGUAUUCACCUUCUCUUUGUAAUUUAUGGUUAAAUCUCAAAAAUAAACAGAUCAAUUAUUUUGAUAGUAAUACUUGUAAAUACUCUGAUAUAAAUUCAAAGAAUUUAAAUUCUCCUUGUGAACCUUAUGUAUCCGAGGACUUUACAGCUAAAUUGUCAAAUAGUAAACGGGGAGUAGGAAUAGUAAAUAUGGGUAACACCUGUUAUAUUGCUAGUUUGUUACAAGCUUUGCAUUUGACAAAACUAUUUAUAUCUACUUUAUCAUAUUCGUCAACAUGGAUCCUUAAAAAUAAUCCAAAUAGUUUACAAACCUUAAUUUGUAUACCUUCUUUGGGUUCUACGACUGAUAAUACUAAAAACAUCCUUUCUUCUGGCUACUUAAAAGUUACUCCAUAUUUGCAUAAAAAUGAUGUAGCUUAUGAAUUAUUACAAGUUUUGUGUUAUUUAACUCUUUCAGAACGAGUUAGCAUUAAUAUUUCCCAAAUGAAAUUCCUAAUACCUUUGGAAACUUGCAUGGAACAACAUGAUGUAACAGAGUAUGCUCAUUUAUUAUGGAGUCAGUUGGCUUGUUCUAACAAUAUCUCUGAAGAAGCUAAACAAAGAGAAAUGAGUGAAGUGAGUUAUACAGAUGUUCCGCAAUUUACAUUUGGGGGUGAAAUGAUUAGUAUGUUAGUAUGCAAUAAUUGUACCUAUGAAAGUUAUCAUAAAGAAAAGUUUAUGGAUAUAGGGCUCGCAGUAAAUAAUAGAAGUAGUAAUUGGUCAAAGGUAAUUAAAAUUCAAGAUUUAGACUUAACUCCAAAAGAAUUUCAAGAAUGUGAUACAUUUUCAAAUUCAUCUCGUGAAUGUAACUCAAAAUCUAAGGAUUACUGUAUAGAUAUAAUUCAAGAAAUUAUAACUUCUUCCUCCUCAACUUCAACCAUUAUCAAUGACCAAGAUUUAUCAGAUGGUUCUACACAAGACUCAAAUACAACAGUAGCCACAGCAACAAUGACAUCUGUUUUAUCUAAUUUAGAAGAUAAGCAUGAUGGGAUAUAUAGCAGGGUAGAUAGUGGAUCAGAAUUUAAUUAUACAAGCUUUUCAGGAAAUACAAUUGUGAUGAACUCCCCUACUACAGACAAAAAUACUUAUUGUUGGAAUAGAGAUGGUAAAAAUUAUGUUGAUAAUAUACAUUCAGCUCUGUAUCAACCUGAAAAUAAUAUAAAUAUUCUAAAAAGUGAUAUUGAGAAAACCUAUCCUACUUCAAACCCUAUAUUUUCGGACAAAUAUAAUUGUCAAGAACAAAGUGAUUCAAAGUAUACUCCCACAAAUGUUCUUCAACUCUUGUCUAGUUAUUUUUCACCCGAACUUCUGCCUGAUUAUAGAUGUAACUCAUGUGGUAUUUUGGGGAACACACAUAGAAGAUAUCUUAUUCAUAAGCCUCCUCAUAUUCUUAUCAUAGUUCUUAAUAGAUUUGAGUUUUUACCAAAUCAGAAUGUUCAGCGUAAGAUCAGCAGAUUUGUUAAGUUAGACAAAAAGCUUACAAUGUAUUCAACAUGUGUCUAUCAUGCUGAUGAUUCCAUUGAUGGUUGGAUCUUCGAGGAUCAUAAUCAAGAAGACUACAAGGAACGAAGGAAUUCAGAUUGUGAAACGGAAACAACAACUUCCAAUGAUAUUAAAAUUUAUGAGUUAUAUUCCGUAAUAGUUCAUCAAGGUCAUACACCUCAUUCAGGACAUUAUUUUACAAUUGGUAAGAAUUAUUCAAAUAGUGAGAGUUCAAUGUGGACAGAGUAUAAUGAUCUACAGAUAUCCUCGUUCCAUGAGUCUCAAUUAGACUCACAUACUAAUGGCUAUAGUACAGCUUAUGUUCUUUUUUAUCAACUUACAGAAAAUAAUGAUAGCUUUUGUAUACCUCGAGAAAUAUACUUUGAUAUUCUGAAUGAUAAUAUGACAUAUUUAAUCAACAAUGAAGAGAGUCAAAUACCACAGAAGCUACUUUUUGCACCCAAUAAGGAUUUAUUUAAGUUUUUUGACAAAGGCAUAUAUUAA